UCAGCCUGCUACAUACGCUGCAUCUGUUAGAAAGCUUUUAACAAUUUGUCAAGAUCACGAUACAAGAUCUUCAGGAAUAUCUCUAGUAACAUAUCAAAAGAGUAAAUCACUCUAGAAUUAAAGCAUUAGUAACAAAUCUAGAAAUGAAUUCUCCAGGGAUGAUGUUACCUUCUCCUCCAUCAGGAGAGAGAGGAGUGAGACGUCCCAAGUGUGCAAGAUGUAGGAACCAUGGCGUAAUCUCCUGGCUGAAAGGACACAAACGACACUGUCGAUUCCGAGAAUGUACGUGUGCUAAAUGCAAUCUUAUAGCAGAGAGGCAACGAAUUAUGGCUGCACAAGUAGCUUUGAAGAGGCAACAAGCAGCCGAAGAUGCUAUAGCUAUGGGGUUAAGAGCUGUAGCCACUGGUACUUCAAUCUCGUAUCUUCCUCCGGGACCUAUAUUCGGGAUGGCCAUCACCGAUCCAGAAGAUAGAGACAGCGACAGCGAUAGAGAUUCGACUAAUCCGAGAUGCGCACCAGAACCUACCACAACUUCUUCAAUAGAAGUAGGACAGAAUAAACCUAAACCAAAACCUACAAACACUAACAAUAAUAAUAAGAAGAAUCCCUCUUCGGCAGAAGCUUCGACUCCUGCUGAUUUCAGACCAGGAAGACUUAGCCCGCUAGAGAUACUUAGUCGGAUAUUUCCAACUCAGAAACGAACUGUUCUAGAAUUGGUGCUUCAAGGGUGCAACGGCGACUUGGUCAAGACGAUAGAACACUUUCUAUCUGCCAAUGAUGCUUUGUUGCUACGUCAACAACCCGGUCCGACAGUCACGCAUACCUUCAAUACGUCAGAUAACAGAGAACCCAUUCGGUUGACUCUAGGUUCAGUCAAAUCGGCAUUUGCUCCACCCGCUGCUCAUCAAAGCCCAUCUUUCAUCGGAUCUAGCAAUAUGCACUCCAUGUCUCAACCCGCUCCGGUCGGAUUAGAUUCUUUGAUGACCGAACUGGGGGAUGGAGGAUUUUUGGCUCGUUCGACCGCACUGUUGACAUCGGUUCCGAGGUUGCCGGAUAAUGUUGCACCUGGGUUUCCCAGUUAUACAUCUGUGCCAUUCCCUGGGGCCUACACACUGGGUGGAAGUGCCCUCCUUCUUCAACCUUAUCAGAGUUGUCCACCCGGUUGCGUCCAUUGCCGUUUGGCCAUAGUCCCCGAUGGAACAACAGAACAAACUUCUUCAGCAGAUUUUACAGAAGCAUCUAGCCCGGAUGUCCCUUCACCCAGUAAAAUAGACAGCAGAAUACAAGAAGCUGUAGAUCUGUCCGAAAGAUCCUGGCAAACAACACAAACAAGAACAGAAAAAAAUUAAAAACACACACACAAAAAAAAAUUCGAAACAAACGUUGUUAUUUUGCGACUGUUUGUGGUCUACACUGUUUUGUGUCGCUCAAUAAUGUCAUUGCUGUUAAAUGUUUAAAAAAAA